AAAAAAUUAGCUAUCGUAGUUGAAGACCCCGGGUUUUUGCUGAAUUUUGUAAAAUAUAAAUUAAUUAAUUUUAUAGUCUUUUUACAAGUUUCUUAAUAAUUUUGUUGAUUGUAAAGCAUUGAUUGAUCUUUAAAUAUCGUAUAGCAAUCAAGCAGAAUCGUGCAAAAGUUCUAAAAUAAAGAAAUAUGUCUGGUGUCGUGGUUCCACGAAAUUUUCGCUUAUUAGAAGAGCUUGAAGCUGGACAAAAAGGCGUUGGUGAUGGUACAAUUUCUUGGGGCUUAGAAAAUGAUGACGAUAUGACUUUGACUCACUGGACUGGAAUGAUUAUUGGGCCCCCAAGGACACCUUUUGAGAAUAGAAUAUAUUCAUUAAAAGUAGAAGCUGGCAAUCGUUAUCCAGACGAUCCACCAACAUUGAAGUUUCUUACGAAAAUCAAUAUUAAUUGUGUAAACAGUCAGACUGGUGUGAUUGAUCACAGAUUAGUUCCAAUGUUAGCUCGAUGGAAUCGUGAUUACACAAUCAAAACAACAUUGCAGGAAAUCCGUAGAAUUAUGACGCUUAAAGAUAAUUUAAAGCUCACUCAGCCACCAGAAGGAUCAUGUUUCUAAGGAACAACAUUCAUUAUGCGUGUCCGCAGUUUAAUUCUCCAAAAAAAAAAAAAUAAUAAAAACAUUUAAAAUAUGAAAACAGUAAGAAUUUGCUAACUUAAAAAAAUAUGUUUAAACUAUGAAAAACAGGAAAGCUGAAUGGCAUUUGAUGAUGGUUUAUCCCUUAAUAACGUUUAUAGCACCGCCCUAGAAUCACUUUUAAUUCUAUUAGUUCUCCUAUCUUCUCGUCUCAUUCAUGAGGGCUUAUUUAUUUCAACAAGAAUCAUAUGUCUUAUUGUGUAAAAGAUAAAACGAAUACUAUUGAUGAAACACACACAUAAUUAUUAUUAUUAUUAAUCUAUCUCUCUUCUAAAUGAAUAAAUUAAAGUCCAUGCCUCUCGCGCAUUGGAACUUACAGAAAAAAAAAAUAAAAUAAAAUCAUUCUUCACGUCUUUACUUGCUUACUUAAUUAUAAUGUCAGAUUUCAGAGUUGAAAAUUGGCACAUGACUAGCAUAUAUUCAAAGUUUGUGCAUGUUUGACGUAGUCAUUUUCAACUGUCAUUU